AUGAUCAUGUCUACUUAUCCUACCACUACCGUACGUUUAAUAGACGUGGUCGUGGCAAUACACGACAGCAGUACGCUGUCAGAUAGCGCUACUACUCCCAAUAGCAAUAACAGCAAUUUAUUGAAGUUUAAACAAGGUGAUAUCAUCUACGUAUUAAAUAAAAACAGUAAUGGCUGGUGGGAUGGUAUCAUUCUGAAAUCAAGCAAAUCUAUUAAAAGAGGUUGGUUCCCAAAUAAUUUCACUAAAACUUCUAAAUAUAAAUACCAUCUAAAACAGAAAAGAAAACAUUCAAUAUCGUUAAACACUUUAUUAAAUUUAAAUUUCGAUAAUAUUUCAAAUAAUAGUGGCAGUGAUGAAAACAGUAACUCAAGCAGUAGUUGCUAUUUAAAUGCAAAUGACCAAAAUGAUCCAAAUUCAAGAAGAUCCUCUGCAUCAAUGUCUCCAACGACUUCCUUCAUUCAAGAUGAUUUUAAUGAUCCGAAUGAUACUUUAUCUUAUAAUAACUUCAGUAUAGACGACGAUCAAAAGGAUAAAGAUUUGCAAUUCGAUACUAUUAACAACAACAUUUCAGCAAGGAGAGGUUCAGUUAUACCCAGUAAAUCAGUUUUUAUAAACCCUGAUGAUAAAAAUAUUACCAUAUUAUCCUUGCAAGAAGUUGAAAUGCUAUUAACUAAUAGUUUAAUAACAAAUGAAUUCUCAACUAUUCCAAUGUGGUCUCCUGUACUAUCAAAUGAUGGUAAAAAAAUUUAUUAUUAUAAUAAUGAUUUAAACGUUUAUUGUUCGCAGUUACCUUUGUUCUCGAAUUCAUUCUUUAAAAGAAAUAAUACAAAUAGUAAAUCGGAAAUGCAUUUGCACCCAAAAUUAAGAUCAAAUUCAACGUAUGGAAUACAUCAAGAAAAAUUACCACCAAAUUCUAAUAAUAUUAAUAACAAAUUUGAUGUCAACAAUAUCAACAACAACAGUAGUAAUAACCAAAUCGAAAAUUCUUCAAAUUCUACAAUCAAUAAAAAUAAUAAUGAUAUUUCAAAUAAUGCAACGGUAACAAACUUGAAUCCUCCAGACAAGGAUGAAGGAAAUUUUAUAAAUGAUAAUAUUAAAAAUAUACUAAUAUCAAAUCCCAAUGAUAUUUUCUACACCCAUUCUAACGACAUCAGACUAUGGUCAGAAUUAAGAGAUUUAACAUUAUAUCAUUCAUCAUUAACGCAUGAGGCAUUCUUCUCAAAUAAUAGAGGCAAAUUCUUAGAUCAUUUUUCAUUGACUUCAACUUUUACAACUUAUACAAAUAUUGCAUGCCAUUUAUCAAAUUAUAUGAGAAACUUUGAAGAUGAAAAUAAUACCCCAUUACAGAAAAAGAUCAAAAAAUUAUUGAAGAAAAUUAUCAAUUCAUUAUCUUUUAUUUCAAUAAAUUCAACUAUAUAUUUCGAUUCAAUCGAGUUUGAUAGUUGGAAAAGUUUAAAUCAAUCAAAUCAAACAAGAAAUAUAAGUACAAGUACAAACGAUACUAUCACAUAUAUUAAUGACUUACCAAGGUCUUCGGUUUUUUCGUCUAAGAAGAAUAGUUUGAGUAGUGGUGUAGAUUUGGCUAAUUUUAAUAAUACCCAGAAUCCAUCAACCUUGACUAUAUUUGAAUUAAUUGACCUAGAAUUUAACAAAUUUGACAGAAACAUCACUAUGUUAUAUCAUUUAAUAUAUCAAGCAAAUGUAGAUUGGAAUGAUAAUAAUCAAAUGCUACCCCAGAUUGUUCCGAGAUUCGUUAAAGGUUCAUUUAAUGGUGGUUCUUGGAAAAAUCCAUUCUAUAAUCCAAUUAUCAAUUACAAUUUUGAAAAAGUUAUAAACAAAACUUCUUCUCUAACAUCUUCAUUGACACCUUCAUUAGUAUUGAAUGCAAUUUCCCAAAAUUCUAAAUUGUCGAAUGUUGAUUCAUUCGUAUCUUCCAAUGGCUCAACAACUGUAUUUGGUUCAAAUACAGGUAACCCGAGAACCUUUUCUACUUCUAUAUCAACCCAACGUAUGAGAAAUCAGUCCUCAAAUCAGAGUUCAUCAUAUAAUCCCCUUUCAAAAAAGGCAACGCACUCAAAUUCUAUAUCAACAACCAACACUACUUUUAACCAGCCAAGUGCGACAAGUGCAACAACAUCUGGAACAAAGAAAAGUCAGAAGAACAAACAAAAUAGCAAACCAUUUCAUUAUACUUUAAAUAACGAUACUUUACAAUUGAUCAAAGAUUAUUCUAACAAUGUUUAUCAAAAGUAUUUUGAGAGUGAAGACGAAGAUAAAUUUGAAGCAUUAAAAACACAAUCAAACAAGAAAAGAAAUUUAGAGAUUACUUCAAUCACUUAUGAGGAAAUAAGUUCAAACUUAACCGUCAUCGAUAUUAUGGAGAAUUUAGAUUUAUCAAUCUUCAUCAACUUGAAAAAAUUAAUCAAAAAUCCAACAACUAGAUUUGACAUCGAGACAGAAGAGUUUUUAAAACAUAGUCUUUCAUCUAUUUCCUCUAUGUUAACCGAAUUUUUUGACAUCAAGCAACUUUUACAUAAUGCUUUUCUUCAAUUGAUUAUAUCCACCCAACAAAAUAGUUUAGAUGAGGACCCUUUUAUUUUUGCAACUAUGAAACCAGAACCAGGUACUGGAUCUUUUGAGCCAUCUAGAAACCAAUUAUCGAUGAAAGACCAGGUCUUAUUUCACGAUUCAAAUAAGCAAUUGGACAGGAGAAUGACAAGAUAUUCUAUGGAAUUAUUUAGAUUAUUAAUCUCUCAAGAUGUUGAAACUAAUGGAAUUGAGUUCUUCGACACAUCUGCUGCAGUAAAAGAAACAUUUGCAAAAUAUUAUGAGGUGACUACACUUUGUUGUAAUAUUGUAGAACAAUUAAUAGAAGAGAGGGAAAAUCUUCUAAAUUAUUCAGCAAGAAUGAUGAAGAACGAUUUGAUUGUUGAGCUGUUAAAGAAUGAUCAAGAAUACAUGAAUAAUUCUACCGAUACAGCUAAUAUUAGAUUUGGGAAUAGCAAUAAAGAUUACGAUGAGGAUAUUAAAUUAAUAUCCGGGUUAUUAAAUAAGGGAAGAGAUGUGGAUUCAGAUACCGAAUCAGAUUCUAAUUCAUCUAUGAAGUCCAUUGCUAGUCGAACUAACACUAGAUUUAAUAAUAAGGUGGCAAAUUUAGAACCCUUAAAUUCUACGUCCUCAUACGAUGACACACCAUGGUAUCUACGUUCCAGUCAUGAGCAAGAACUUUUGUAUGAUUCAAAGGGUCAAAUUAAAGGUGGGACUAAAGAGGCGUUGAUAGAACAUUUGACUGAUCAUAAUAAUGUUGAUGUGACAUUUAAUAUAACUAUGCUCUUAACCUUCAGGAGUAUGUUCACAACUUUAGACUUCAUCUAUUCGUUAAUUUAUCGUUAUAAUUUGUCUCCACCAGAAGGUUUAAGCUACGAAGAGUAUAACAAUUGGAUUUCAAGGAAGUUGCAACCCAUUAAAUUUAACGUGGUAAAUAUAUUAAGAACAUUCUUCUCAGAAUAUUGGACACCUUCGUAUUAUGAACCAGGUUUAGAUGUUAUCUUAAAUUUUGCAAGUUUUGCAGUAACGGAAAAUAUUCAAGGUGCUCCAGAACUCUUACAAAUCAUAAAGGAAAAAAUUAUUUCGAAUUCUUCGGAUGGUGUUAAUCAGUUUGACAAAAUACCUGGCCUUGAUGAGGAAGUUGUAGAUAGGAAGAAAACUAUAACUUCGAAUACUCAAUGUUCUUCGAACAGCAGCGACUCAGGGCCAUUCCAAUCUAAUUUAUUCCGAUCAAAGAAAUUGAAACUUCUUGAUAUUGAUGCUUACGUGUAUGCAACGCAACUCACAAUAUUAGAGCAACAGUUGUUCAUGAAAAUUUCAACCUUUGAUUGUUUAGAUAGGAUUUGGCGUUCAAAGUAUUGUGACCUUGGUGGUUCCGAAAAUAUCUCGAAUUUUAUUUCUUCGGCUAAUCAGUUCACUAAUUAUGUGUCUCACUCAAUUGUUAUCACUCAAGAUGUCAAAAAGCGUGCGAAGAGAGUACAAUAUUUUAUUAGUGUUGCAAAUCAUUGUAGACUAUUGAAUAACUUCUCAGUAAUGACUGCUAUUAUAUCUGCUCUUUACUCAUCACCAGUUUAUAGAUUGAAGAAGACAUGGCAAUUAAUUCCUAAAGAGUAUAACGAUAUUUUGAAGAAUUUAAAUACAUUAAUGGAUUCCACUAAGAACUUUAUCAAGUACAGACAGUUAGUUGAAUCAGUAAAGGAUGUACCAUGCGUUCCAUUUUUCGGUGUAUUUUUAUCUGAUUUGACUUUCACCUCCGAUGGUAAUCCUGAUUUCAUAAAAGGCUCUAGUCAUAUAAUCAACUUUAAUAAAAGAACUAGAAUUGCAGACAUUUUAAGGGAUAUCAUGUCAUUCAAAGUCAUACAUUAUAAUUUAAAACCAAAUGAAGAAAUUCAAAAUUACAUUGAACAUUCUCUGGUAGGGGUUCCUCAUAUUGAAAAACAAUAUGAAUUAUCGUUAGCAAUUGAAGCAAGAGAGGCACCAAACUCACAUCACAAUAAUAUAAGAUCUAGUAGAUUUGAUCUCAAGUCAGGAACUGAGUUAAAAGGUUCUAAAAUUCUGAAGUUUGGCAGAAAAAUUCCUUCGUCAAGAUUAUUUGAUUGA